GCUCAGUUUGUCAGCACCGUUCUGAAGAGAACCGAGAAAGCAGUUCUGUUUUCGCACUUUGGCAACCAUUGCGUCACGAUGGACUCUAAUGCUCAUGCUGCGGAGCCAAUUUGGGGAUGGCAGAGUCAGCAGUCCACGAUUGCCAACAGAGCCAAACACAUUUUUGGGAAGGAGAUUCUGAGCGAUGUCACUUUUCGGAUCCAGCAACCCAACAGCCCCACAGUCGACAUCAAAGCGCACAAAUUUCUCCUGGCCAUGGGCAGUGCGGUGUUUGAAACGAUGUUUUACGGCGCUAUGAAAGAGACUGCAAACGUCGUUAAAAUUACUGACAUGGACUCAGAGACACUCAAAAUCGUUUUAAGGUACAUUUAUUACGAUCAAAUUGGACCCUUCAACAAAUCAACCGCAUUUUCGACUCUGUAUGCCGCGAACAAGUAUGGUAUCCCACACCUGAAGGACGCUUGCGAACAGUACUUGCGACACAAUGUGGCUGUCGAUAAUUGUCUGGCUUGGUUUAUUCAGGCGCGGGUGUACGACGAAACCAGCUUGGAAAACUUUUGCUUGGAGAAGAUUGAUUUAUGGGCAGCAUCUGUACUGCAGUCCGCCGAUUUCCUGGAAACUGACUUGGAAGUGUUGCAAAUCGUUUUACGUCGCGACACUCUAAAGGUCAAAGAGGUGGAUGUGUGCAAUGCCGUUAUGAAAUGGGCCAAGCAUCGGUGUGAGCAGAAUAAACUUGAUCCUACCGGAGCCAACCAGCGGUCGGUUUUAGGGGAUGCCCUGUUUCUGAUACGAUUCCCUGUAAUGACGCCCGAAGAUGUUGCAAGUGGACCAGUCAAGUCGGGCUUGUUACUGGACAAAGAAAGUAGUCAGCUUUUUCAGUACUGGUUCGCCAAAGCACCAUUGUCCCCGCAAUUCAGAAGCAGCCUACGGGUCGGGAGCCAUACAGAGGUCUCCAGGUUUGGCAGCACCACCAGCAACUCGGCAGCGCAAUCUUGGGAGUACAGAGCCGGUUAUCCCGAUGUCAUCAAGUUUUCUGUCACCUCCACCCCAAAAUCGCACAAUGCAGACUCGACCAGCCAAGAGAACUGGAAGAGUUUCGCCAAACAUGGACCAUUCCGCACCACACGAACUCAAACACUGCUAAAUUUGAGCUGA